UGUCGCUCUAUGGCCUCCACUUCCUCUCCGCGCUCGCUUGUGCUGCUCUAGCCGAGCUGUCGAAGGCUUGGAGGACCCGGUUAUGUCCAGCACAUAAAGCAAGUGUCCCGUGCAACCAGGUCCAGUUAUUCACAGAGAGUCUCUGCCCUGAUGCCUGGCAGGUGUGAUGAGGUGGCUGGUGUGCUCUCCAACGCCUUGCUGUGUACGGUGUGCCUGGGGGCCGCUGUGCAGACCUUCCAGAUCAACCGGGGGGCGGCAGCCGGCUUCCUCCUCCAGGCCCUCGUGCCGCUCAUGGAAACCGCCGCCCUCCUAGCCGCGCCCCUUGGGCUCAGCCUGGAUGCCAGACCCCCAGACGACAGCUGGGUCUCCACCGUGGUCGGGCUCCCCCUGCUGGUCUUUGGCUUCCACUGGCUGAACGGGGACUGCUCCACCGCCAACCUCCUCCUGGGAGGAGCGCUGCUGCUGACGGCAAGUUCGGGCUACUUCACCGAGGAAGGCAAGGCCGUGGUGGCCCACUCGGUCACCCUGCUGGCCUCCAUCACCAUCCUGAUCGUUUCUGUCUUUACUGGGAACGUCUGUGGGGUUGUGGGCAGCCUUCUGGUGGGCACGGCGGGCCUGCUGGAGGGAGCCACGCUGCAGCGGCUGCUGCUGCUCCGGAAGAAGGACCUCCUCCGGGCUCUCAUGGCAGCAGCCCACCUGGCUCUGCAGUGGGCUCUCCAGAGGCAGCACCAAGAACUGGAGCAAGGGCCUGUGGGGCUGGGGGCGGAGGCGUCCGGCUGAUGCGGUGGCAGGGUGGGGCGUGCUGCUCGCUAGGCGGGGGCCUGAAGAGUCUGCAGAAUGCAGUCGGAGGGGCGGGAGGAUGAGAGCCUUGGGGAAAGCUCUAGUGGGGGCCGGGAGGCAACGCUGGGCUUCCGGAGGCUGCAAGGGAUCGUGGCGUGUCCCUCUCGGACUUCUUCUUCACUGGAAUCUGACUUGUGCAGCUGCAGACCUGCAGCACCCAGAGGAGCCGGGCUCUGGACUGGGAGUGCCUGUCCUGUCAACCAGUCUCGGGCUGGGGGGCAGCGGUCUUGCAUCCCUGGGCUGCCAUUCAAGGUGGAUCCGGCAGCAUUCACUUUCCUUGCUAAUGUCCAGUGGAAAAUGCUGCGCACAAUGCAGUAGAAGGCGCCGCUGUGCAAGCGCCGGGGAAAUGAAUGGGGAGCUUGACCCUCUGCCUGCCUGCCUGCCUGCCUGGCUCCCCAAACAUUCUGCAGCAGACACCAGCAAAAUGUGGGGAGCGGGCAAAAGAAUGGCUCCACAUCCAAUGGAAUGGGAAACCAUUCCCUUCAUUAUUGUGUGCGUUUGGCUGUAUGGAGCCAAUGUACACAGAGCAUAGUCGCAGCUGUAGAUACCUACAGGUCUCUGCCCCAAACAGCUUACAGUCUGAAGCAGUUCUGCAGAACGUGUGACCUAGCAAGCCAAGCACAGCCCGCCAGCCCUCUUUUGAGUGGCCAACCUCGUGUUUGACAACCACCCUGUUUAUCCCAGGCAGGCAGCAACACCAGAAAGCUUCUUUAGUCCCCUGUGGGCUGGUGAGCUGCCUUCUGCCUGGCCUGAGGUUUGCAUGCAGGACAGGGAGUUGUAUGGUUCCAACACCACCGCCGCCUUCUCCGUGGAUGCCACUGCCCUGCAAGGAGUCCACGUGUCGCCCUGGGUCCAUGGGCAGGGGCAUGGAGACCUGCCAGCGACCAGCUGUGUGCCAAAUCAUGGGAUGCAAAGGCGGCUUGUGCAGGCGGGCGGGGAGGCCUCUCCCCAGGGUGAGGUGGUGCCUGCUGCCCCAUCCCGGCCUGGCUCCACCCCUGAGGCGGCCUCAAGAGCCCUCCUCUGUACUUUGCCCUCAAGCUGGAGUCGGGCAGUGCGAGAGGCCAGAGCACAAGGGGGCCUGGAGUGGAGUCUUCCUGGAUGCGGAAGCGAAACAAGGGAGUGCCGUGGGUGAGGGCCGGAGCCGGGUGGAGGACCUGGACUGAAUCAAUAAACCCGUCUCCAUCCCGUGCCUCACCGUGCAGAGCGAUGGGGUCAUGGUGUCCCAGUGUGGAGUCCCUGGUGAUUGUCCUGCUCCUUGCCGUCCUCUGUCGGAAGCAGGAAGCGGCUGGGUUGGGGAAGGGUGGCCGGAGCCGUCCUUGGCAGGGAGCACCUCUCUCCACCCCAGACGCUCCCCGAGGCGUUCCUGCCCAGCCCUCCUGCCUGCUUGGCACGCAGCGUGACUUGCAUGUGACUGCUGGGAUGAGGCGGCUGCUGGAGUGUCGGCCCCGGCGGGGAGCCCUCGGAGCAGCCCAGCCACUGGCCAGCUGUGCAACCCACGCCGGCCCUGCGAGGACAGCCUGAGUUUGCCCGGGGCAAGGUAGAGACGUGGGUGCCUUGGCCACGACACCCACAAGGAGCGCCAGGCACCAAAGGGGAGGCAGGCCUGUCGGCCGGCCAAGGAGCUGGGGCAGGGUGGGGUGCAGGCCAGUGUGCUCUCCUCAUUGUUCCCCAUCCGUGUGCUGAAUGAGUUUGCUCUGGGCUACAGGAUCAAGGCAGUGCGCGCGCACAUGUGCAUUCAGGGUGGGGCCUUCCUGAUUCAGCCUGAGCAGGAUCUACAAUGACCUGAGUGGAGAUGAGGAAACACGUGCGCAUGCCUUAGAGGGGACAGUGAUGCUGACCCCGGGUUCCAGCCCCCAGAGCCAAGGAAGUCCCCUUUCGGGUCCUGCGGGGGGGGUGCUCUUGGCCGGAAGGGCGCAGUGGUGCCAGGGGCCACCAAGCCACGAGGAGAUGUCUUUUCCCUUCUGGGCCCUCUGAAGCCCCUCUGUGGUGCCGGGCUAGGUAGGGUGGAGGGACAGCAGCCUGCAGCAGAUGGAGAGGUCUGGGGUCCCUGGAGUGGCCCCUCUGCUCAUGGGCCGCCGCUCAGUACGUGAACAUAAGAGCAGCCCUGCUGGAUCAGGCCCAAGGAGGC